AAAUAGUAUUCGGGUGCCUCGAUUUACAGCUACGACUCUCAACAGUUCACUUUUUACCUUGGAUACGCUCGUUUCGGUUCUCUCGCCGAGUUCGGUUUAUUGGCGAAUGGUGUAAAAGGAUAUGUGAACGGCUGAGUUAUUAGAUUUGUUUUGAUAAAAUAGAUUGUAGUAGCUUGCAUUUCUGGUAUUAGAAACCGGGCGUAGUGGCUCGAAGUGAGAAAAAUGUCACACAAUGAACGGAAAGCUCAUUUGAGUGCGAUUAAAUUUAUGGAAUUGGGAUUUUCCGCCGCCUGCCUGGCAUUGCAUUUCUACAGUUUCGACGACCGCGACAUACUGACCUCAUUCGUAGCGACGGGCACCUUUUCCGGCUACAUAAUAGUGGUUGUGGGUAUUUUCGCAGGUGUCCUAAUGCGUGCGCCCAUACACAGACGCAUCGACAUAUUCUACAGCGUGCUCGGCUGUGGGCUGUUCAUCGCCUCGGGUGUGUUCAUAAUCGAGGCAUGGGAAUUUUCAUUUCGCACACGUACACGCGAUUUGGCGCUCAUUAAGGCAUCGCUGGCCAUUGUGAAUGGGGUGUUGUUUGGCUUCGAUGCGAUUUUUACCUUUCGUGACAAAUGAGAGCGUAACACAAGCGGACGUCGUUGGACGGGAGCGGGUGGAGGGGGAUUGCGAUGAUGCGUUUCCGGAAUUGCCAGAAUUUUAUAGAGUUUUUUAAGUCAUAAAGCGCAUGCAUACAAACUUAUACACACAUAAAAUACAUUUCUCAUUACAACAGUUUUAUUUUUAGCUCUAGUUUGUACUCAUACUAGUUUUUCUGCCAUUUUUUAACUACUUUGUUGUUGUUUAUUUAGAUGCUUUUU